UAUCGUUCAGGUGUAUACAUAUUUGUAAGAACACGAGUUGCAGGAAAUCCUCGUCUCGAAGAAACGAGACUACUGACCGUGACGGUUAUGAGGACGCGUAAUUUUGGAAUCGUCGAGGACUCGUUCUACCGUUUAAGUUGCUCGUUUUAUUUGACAGCUGACACAACGCGAUGGCCGACGAAAAGUGCAAGGAAUGCGGAUGCAUUUGCACCCAGUGCCGUGAAAACGUUGAAAAUCAUGCCGACAUGCACUUGCACGUUGAAAUAGAACACCUGCGGCAGAGGCUGCUCGAAAGAGAUAGCCACAUAGUCACUAUGGAGACUCAAUUUCUUAACGAGGCUGAUAGGUUUCCUAACGGCGAAUUGGCUUCGAUGAGAGAGGAAAUGCUCACGUGGCAAGAUAAAUAUGCAAGGCUAUACGAGGCCCACAAAAGAGUACAGAAGGUGAAUCAAAACUUGGAGGAUAAGCUGCUGAGGAUAGUGGAUAAAUGCGAAACGGAGAAAAGCGCCUUCACAAAGGACAUCGCAACCCUUUCCCAUCGAUUGGCUGAUGCUAAUUAUACGAUACACCGAUUAACACAGGACAAUGAGAAGUACAGAAACGACGUGAACCUUGCCAUCCAAUUGCUGCAGUGUAAGCCCUCGAAUUUCGUCAGCCAGAGAUACGAUUCGCUCCCCUCCGAGGUCCAGGCGAAAGUGAGAACGUACGUUUCUCAAAAGAGGGUACCAAACGAGGCCGUAGCUCCGCCGGAUGUCAAGAGUAUAACGGUGCCGAUAUCGACCUUUCCACCGACGGCGAUGGUCUACAACGUUACGAAGACCAACAACGUCGACAAGGACAGCGACGAUGAGAGCGACGACUCGAAACCACCAGUCGACAUAGUUUCGGCUGCGAUAAUGGCGAAGGUAUUGGAAGAACGGGAGCGUGAGAGAGUGUUCGCGAAACAUUGCGACACUUGCACGUGUCACAGAAGCAUACUGACGAACGACGUGGAAACCCAGACGUCGAACAUCGGCCGAAACGAGUCGGACAAUUUUACGAGUCAAAAUUUCACCCCAGAAAAUAUGUCCGAUUACAAUAACGGCGCAGGUUUGAAGGGCCAAAAUGAAAUCUCGAACCAAAGCGAAGACAGCGGGUCUAAUUUAAGUGUAAAUAAUACCGCGAAACGUGCUGCUCUGCAGUUGCAGUACGUGAAUGAGAGGGGAAGCCUCAAUCAGACCUCGACGAGGGGCGCUCAGUCAGUCAAAACGGGGGACAACGGUCCGCAGUCGAAGAAGAAAAACGAGGCUCAGAAAGACGGCGGCACGAAGAAGAUGGCCUCUCAGUACAGUCCGAUGAAACGGGCGACGUUCAACCAAAACCCGGGGGAAAGAUCGUCGAGGCAAUCGGCGAAUUACAGAGCUUCGAAGAAAACAGAGUCCCACGGUAGUUACAGACUGUCUUCUAAGUCAGGCAGCGAGUGGACAAAGUACGAGCAGGUGCCCAGCGAGAUCGAUCUCAUCGAUCUAAAACAAAACUCGCUGCCGCAGCGGCAGAUUGACGUGAUAAACGACAGAAUAUGGAAGAACGAUGGCAGGUCGAGAUCGAACGGGGGAUUCAAGUCUAGCUCCGCGAAUUCCAGCGUUGACGCUGGUCCGGAUCCGGGGAGGAGCGAGACCAGCGACCACACUAUAGACGUGAUAAACGACAGGAUAUGGAAGAGUACCGUGAACGGAGGGGCGAGGACUGACGGCGGAAUCGCUAAGCCCCGAAUGACGCUGAUCGAGGUGAAGCCCUUAGCGAUGGACUCGACGUCUCUUCACAUGCAGCACCACCAGCAACAGACGGACGCCAGACUCCAGCAGUUGGAAGACACGGCAAGCCCGAGUUUCAGCAGCGACAGUUUGGUUAUAUCUAGUUCAGAUCCUCCGAGCACCUCGAGCGAGCUUGGCAAUAACAGGAUAAUGCUGAGCAAGUUGUCGGUAAACAAUAUGAACAACAAUAACAUAAACAACAGUAACAGUUUGAUGUCGAAUUGGCAGGACAGAACGACGGGUCCUCGAGGUUGUUCGAUGAGGAUAACGCCCGGUUCGAAAAACAUCCUCCUCGACAACGCGGGACACUAUCAGUCGAUACUUUACACCAGCGGGACCAACGGAGGAAACGGAAUCGGACGACCGAACACCGCGCUUGUUCACAGCACCACGAAAUCGUCGAGGUCUGGCGGCUCGACGUCGACGAGUAGCGACGAGAAUUCGCCGGUAUUGCCGAGCGAUAAUUCUCAGCUCCAGAGGGUCGCCGAGUGGAUAAAAGCCUCGGGUCCCGUUGAACGAGAGGCCGGCGUUAAGUCGGUGGAUUCGGACCGGAAGUCGAACGACGAGAUGUCCGUCAAGACGCUUAAUACGGCCUUGACGAAAAUAAAGGACGGAAAAUCGGAGCUGAUGGACAUUGGAAGCGACAAUAAUACGCCAAAUGGACAACUCAGACGUUUCACGGACCUGGACGUGAAGAAAACGGAAGCUGGUAACGGGCAGAAUUGCAACACCAUUCGCGGACGAACGAGAGACUCCAACCACUCGAGGUCCAGCCAUCCUCACAGUCUUCAGAUAGUCAAGGAUGGUCUUGCGGAUCUGAUUAGCUUCGAAUCUCCAACCGACGACGGUGACGAUGAUCAUCAAUUCUCGUCGAGUAGCGAGUGUCUUGCGGUUGGUGACGAUCGUGCCAUAACUUCCCUACCGAAAACCACAGAUGUCAAAGUUACCAGAGUAAUGGAAGAGACUUACCUCAAACUUGCCGCUAGCCUUGAUCCGACUAAUUUGGGACUUUCGGACUCGCAGCGAGCCGAUAUUACUAUAGAGAAAUACAGGAAAGAGUACAAACGCACUCACGGACAAAAAUUACCGGAAAAAAACUCCGGGUCGACUUCAUAAUAUUACGCUAUCAUCUGCUUUUUAGCGAUCAACGCGAGUAAUUUUUAUUAUUCUAUGAUUCACUGGGGAAUAGUUUUAAUUGUUAUUUUAAACUGCCGACCCGCAAAAGUCCGUGCCAUUACUUCACUUUUUACUGGCUAUCGAGUCGGAAAAAAAUUGAUUGUUUAUGAGACCUACAGUAGUCUAGUCAAAAAAGCGUUCAAGUGACUAACUGACGGAAUGAUAGUUUAGAUACUGCAAGUAAAAAAAAUUGGCACGAAUUCGAUUAGACCAUUUUUUCUCAAUUAAGUUGGUUGGAAUAGCUUUUAAAUGAAGGAAAAACCGCGAAUCUUGACCACGACAUCUCUUGUAAGUUAUCGAUGACUAUUUUUUUCUUCAUUCAGUACUAACUAACUAUUAUUUCUAUGAAAUUCAACUUCAUCAACUUCCGGCAUUCCUUCCAACUUCGACUGCAUAUUUUUUUCUGACGUAUCUUUAGCUGAAGUCUAUAUACGUGCAAAACAUUGAUUGUUUGGCCGAAUAGAAUUCUUGCCGUGACUGAAGUGUUCAGAAAAAUGGACAGUAAAAAAAAUGAAAAUAAACU